AUGUUUAACUUUAUUAAAUUACCAUUCACGGAAAAAAAAGAAAAAAUUGUUCGUCCAUUUCUUUGUGAUCAAAUCAAACAGUUUGGUUUUUGUGAAGGACCGUGUUUAGAGCGUCAUACAUUAUGCAAAAUACUUGAUAAAGAAUGUCUCAAUAUUCCUCACUAUUGUUUUAUCAGUAUUCAGUUGACUAAAGUCUUAAGCGCUCAACGUUUUUAUGGAAGAAUUUCAAAAUACAGUACUAUGGAAGAUCCCAUAAACGAUAAAAAUUGGAUAAAUAUUGAUGAUUCAUUUGAUAAAAUAAAAGAAGAAUUAAAAAAUGUUGGUUCAACUCCCGGUACUAAAAUUCCACACAAAAAUCCCAUGAUUGGUGAAAUGGUGAUGAUUGAAACUGAAAACUGUGAACUAUUUCGAGCUGUUGUUUUGGACACAUUUUAUAAUUGGUUCACAUUUAAGGUUAAAGUGAAUCUAAUUGACUAUGGAUACGUAAAAGAAAUUGUUUCUAAUAAUGUAUUUAUAUUACCAAAUCAUUUAAAGCAAUACUGUCCUGUAACUGUGGAAAUUAUUUUAUCUUCUAUUAUACCAGUUGAAGGAAAAAAUUGGAAAACUACAACAACAAAUACUGUAUGUAGCUUAUUAGAGCCAGUAAUUUUGGAAGGUCUUGAAUGUAUUUGCAAAGUUGAACUUAUAUUAGGAAUAACAUUAUGGAUUGAUACGAUGAUAGUUAAAAAUUGUAUUAAAUGUUCACAUUUUACAUGCAGUUUAUAUAAAAAAAAAAGCCCUCUUUUAUUACCAAGAGAACUGAUUGAUCACAAUCUCGCAUCUAAAACUAAUUCAAAACUCAUUGACAAAAUAAAAUACUUAAAUAAAGAUGUACAUGUAUGGAAAGAAGAAAAACCUUUGGUUGUAGUACGGAAAUCAGAUAAUUUAAUAUCAUUAUUCUCUUGUGAAGGACCAAAAGUUGACGAAAACGACACAGUCAAAAUACAAUGGGCCCAUUUGUCCAAGAAUAUAUUAUAUGACGUAUUAGUAAAUUAUAUAGAAGAUCCAGCACAUAUUUUAAUAAGUAACUUGCAAUUUAAUGAUAGAGUUAAUGCUCUUCAAAAAGACAUUGAUGAAGCUAUUAAUAAUAAAAGUGUUGAGUACUUGACUAAUGCUACUGUAGGAACUAUUUGUUUAGCUAUGUCCCAUGCAGAUGAAAAUAAAUAUAAUCGUUCCAUUAUUAAACAAAUAAAUAAUGAAACAGCUGAAGUAUUAUAUUUAGAUUAUGGUGACUUUUACAGUCUUGAUGUUAAACAUUUAUUGACUAUACCAUCAAAAUUGAUAUCAAAGUUACCAUUUCAAGUAAUUGAAUGUAAGUUGAGUGGUUUUAAUGAUAUUUUAGAUGGUGAUAUUUUGAAUCACUUUAAUGAUAAUUUUAUGGAAAUUACAAGUUCUCCUAUUUGUUUGAAAGUUCUUUCUUCUUUUGGGGAUGCAAAAUUUACAGGAGGAAACUGCUAUGAAGUUGUAUUAUUUAAUAAAGAUAUAAAUGUGAAUGUUAAAAUGGCUGAACAAUAUAAUGUGUAUGUUGAUAAUAAUCAAAUUAAAAAAAUUUCAAAAUUAAAUUAUGAAUCUGUAUAUGAGGAUGACAAAAAAGAACUUGAUGGUGAAAUUAAAUUAUUGGAAAGUCUUUUAAAAAUGUCCAUUGAAAAAAAAGAACAACAGAUUAUGUCAAAUUCAAACAAUAUUAGUGAAAAUAAUAUAAUUGUAGAUAAGAAACAAAAUAUUAAAUCAAAAAAACAUGUUAAAAUUGAGAACAAAUAUUGUAUUGAUUGCAAUGUUACUCCUGUGAUCCCUCAGUGUUUUUGGCAUCAAGAUAACACAUACGUGUUUAUUAAAUUAAAUAUUCUUUCAGUAAAAAAUUACAAUAUCUCGCAUACAAUGGAAAACAUUACAAUUAGUAUUGAAACAAAUAGUGUGUUUUAUUGCCUUACAGUUCAGUUAUAUGCAUAUAUAGUAGAAAACUCAGUUACAUGUCAUGUAGAUUUUGAUGGGAUACGAAUCAAGGCAGAAAAAAAUUUAAAAAUUAAAUAUCAAUGGCCUAGAAUUAUGAAGUGCUCUAAGAGACACAAAUAUAUGAUUUAUAAUAUAGAACACAUUAAUGAACAUAUGAACUGGAAUUUAAUGCUUAGAAUGUUAAACAAGUACAAAAUGUUAGCUCUUGAUCAGCCAUUACAUUCAGUAAACAAUUAUUGUAGUGAUUACAAUGACAGUGAUGGUAGUGAUACUGAACAAAAUAUGAUUUAUGAAGAUUAAAUAAAAGUACUUGUUU